GGGUGGGGGUGGUUAGUAACAAGAUAAAAGGAGAAAAUGUCUCUUGUCCUGCUUACACACACAAACACACUCACCACGUGCCUGCCUGUCAGUCUGUCGGUCUGUGGAGGCUAAAGAAGAGGAGAGCCACCAUCUGAAGCCCUAAUUUGAAAAUUCGUACCAUGGAUGUGGAAGAGUUUCGCCGCAGAGGGAAAGAGAUGGUGGACUAUGUGGCAGACUACCUGGAGAACAUCGAACAGCGACCGGUCUACCCAGAUGUGGAACCAGGGUAUCUUCGUUCCCUGAUCCCCACUGAGGCCCCACUGGAGCCUGACAAUUAUGAUGAUAUUAUUAAAGAUGUGGAGAGGGUUAUAAUGCCAGGGGUCACCCACUGGCACAGCCCAUACUUUUUUGCCUACUUUCCAGCUGCUUCCUCUUACCCUGCCAUGUUGGCUGACAUGCUGUGUGGAGCCAUAGGCUGCAUUGGAUUCUCCUGGGCUGCCAGCCCAGCCUGCACAGAGCUGGAGACAGUGAUGCUAGAUUGGCUGGGGAAGAUACUGAACCUGCCUGAGCAUUUUAUAGCUGGGACUCAUGGCCACGGAGGAGGUGUCAUACAGAGCACAGCCAGUGAGGCAACCCUGAUGAGCCUGCUCGCGGCCCGCUGUAAAGCAAUCCGCUGGUUUCAGGCCUCCAACCCGGACCUAUCAGAGGCUGAAAUCCUCUCCAAACUGGUGGCAUACACUUCAGAGGAGGCUCAUUGCUCAGUGGAGCGUGCUGCUCUGAUUGGAGGAGUGAUAAUGAAGAAGGUUCCAACAGACAACAAUUAUGCUGUUGGUGGGGGCAUGUUUAAGAAGAUGCUGGAAGAGGACAGAGCAGCUGGAUUUAUCCCUUUCUAUUUGUGUGCGACCCUUGGCACCACGGCCUCUUGUGCCUUUGAUCAUAUCACUGAGCUGGGGCCCAUAUGUAAUAAGGAAAACAUGUGGAUGCACAUUGAUGCAGCAUAUGCAGGGAGUGCAUUCAUCUGUCCUGAAUUUAGGCCUUUGUUGAAUGGCGUUGAGUUUGCAGACUCUUUCAACUUCAACCCACACAAAUGGCUUUUAAUCAACUUUGACUGCUCUACAAUGUGGGUGAAGAAGAGAGAGGACAUCAUUGGAGCUUUUAAGAUGGAACCACUCUACCUGAAACACGAAAACCAGGAGUCAGGUUUGGUCACAGAUUAUCGGCAUUGGGGGAUUCCACUCGGAAGAAGAUUUCGCUCACUAAAGAUGUGGUUUGUCUUCCGUAUAUAUGGAAUUCAAGGCCUGCAGGCUCAUAUACGCAAGCAAGUGUGCCUGGCCAAAGAGUUUGAGAGUCUGGUACGAGCAGACAAGAGAUUUGAGAUCUGUGCCGAGGUCAUCAUGGGACUGGUCUGCUUCAGGCUCAAGGGCUCCAAUAGAUUGAACGAGUGCUUGCUUAAUAGGAUCACCAAGAGCAGAGAGAUCCACCUGGUGCCUUGCCAGCUCUCUGGCCGCUUUGUCCUGCGUUUCGCCAUCUGUGCGCGCACAACUGACUCAAGACACAUCCAACAAGCAUGGCGACACAUCACGCAGCUGACCUUUGAGAUCCUGCAGGAGCCCAACCAUUAACCAUAAGGAUAGAAAGGGGCUGCCUACUCUAAUGCUGAAAUAAAGACAAAAUGUAAAAGGUGCAAUAUGUAAUACUGACAGCUAGUGUUUAAAUUAGUUACUACAGUAAAAAUUCUAAAUACUGGAGAGAGUCGCCUCCCCUGCCCCCUCCUUCCCAGACUCGAAGUUAACAGAGGUUGCCAGGCUGAAAUUGCAGUAUCCACAACAAUGCUGCUAGACGCUUGUCUCACAUAGCCAGACAUUACUCCACAGUACAGCGGAGUAGCUAACGUCAGAUGCUGGCUCUAUUGACAGUCAUAGAAGCCUGUGCUCAUGCGGAUCUCUGUACCCACACUUUUUGGCUUAGGUAGGAACCGCUAAAAACACAAACACCUUGCUGUCCUACAGGCUGCUCAACAGGCUACACAUUGUAAACAGCCGUGGGCCGCUUGCCUGGUCCUCAGGUAACGUUAGCAGUUAGCAGGUUUAUCAUGGCGGCGUCAGCCAGAACCAGUCAGGAUCACUUUACUGGCUGUGUCUCAAUUUUUUUUGCAAGUAACCAACUUGGGUAUUCUAGCUAUACAAUUCAAUGUGAGUACACAAAUGUUGAAAUGACAUAAAAUGCCUGUCAGUUUUAGCUGUGGAGGGAGGAAAUAAGCCAACUCUGCGUCCUUUUGGGCUCUAAGCUGUCUUCAUCUUUCAAAUACAUCUCCAAUAUUCACCUGGGGUUUGUUACGUCUUUGGUGACACAACUGAAACAUGCUGUUUUUUUUUAGGUCGGGUAGAAUCUAUCUCCAUUGAUCCUGUUUGUUUGUUUACUGCUUUCAUGGCUGUCCAAACGUUACAGCUGCAGCAAACUAGGAUUACGUUUUUAAUGAUAUGUCUGGCAACCCGGCCUGGCUGUCAAACUGGGAAGUUGAUAACACACACAGGCCAAAAUACAAACAGAAAUUCCAUCACAGAACGGAAAUUUCAAAAGGAGAAAAUACUGGCAUAUCAUUGUUGUCAGAAAAGGUAUUAUUUCAUUUUAGCAUGUUUCCCUUAUAUCUGAUUCGCAUUGGGGUCAUUUUUGGAUUUCUUACAGUAAAUAUAUUACAUAUUGGACCUUUAAAACAAAGACUCUGAGUUUCAUGUUGCCGAUGUAAAAUGUCAUAAAGGGAAUGAACAAUGACUUCACAGCUCACUUAGCAAUCACCAACCUCUCUGUCAGAAACCAAGUCAUACAAUGUAAAAAGCAGUGGUCAAUGUUUUUUGCUGAUUUAGAAAAUUAAUAUAUAUGAAAGAAUUUAUCACAUGUCUACAAAAACCAAAAUGUGUACAAAAGAAAAGUAAAAACCAGGUUUACUAUAUUAAAUUCCUCCCUUACAUCUCUCUCACAAUGAAACACUUCUGUGUAGUCUAUGUAAAACAUGUGGUUAGUUUGGGGUGAUUUUAUUUGUUCUAAAAUGAAUUAUUGCACAUUGUGUUCACGUGUGAAUGGAUUUUUGAGUCUGUGUGUCUGCAGUAGGCCUGUGGAUGUACAUGCAGAAAUAAGUUUUCUGUGGUGAUACGCUUUUGGUCAAGAAAUUGAAAUGAAUGAGUUGUAGCAGUGUGAAAAAAAAAAAAAAAAACUUUCUCACCUUACUGCUGUUGAUUAUAUAUUGUAUGGAUAGAUUCAAAUUGCUUGUGAAGUUCAAUAAUUCGAACAUUGCUCUGUCAUCAGGUAAACCGCUUUUUACAAGUGCAUUAAUUUAUUCAUAACCUUAUUAGAUAUUUUUUGUGUUUAAUAUAUAAUGGCAGGCAAGGGCCUAUUGAUUUUUAUAUUUUCUUUUUUACAGAAUUCCUUUUACUGCAAUUCAGUUAGAAAAAUGAAAUGAUGCUGCUUUUGGGGGUACACAGGGCCACUAUUUGUUUCUUUAUUGAGUUUAUUCCCAAUGACAUAAUCACCCUAGUAUUAUGUUUCUGUGUUCAGUUCAGAGUUCAAAGAAUGGGGCUUAAAACCUAAGUUGUGUGAAUGGUGCAUAAAUUAAAUAUUCUAUCAAACACGCAAAGAUUUGGUGCUUACAUGGUCAUUCCAGGUCAGCAUUGUGUGUACCAAUUAUCCGGGAUCCUUCACACUCUCCACACUAGUCUCUCUUCAUAAAUUGUAUGUCUGACUUUAAGCCUUGAUAUCUUAAACAAAUUCACAUGAUUAAUGUAUGCAAUUUAACAAGACUCGUCUACUGCCCGUUGUCCACAUUCACAUUUGUCAGGACAUGUUACUAUGGUUUCUGGGUUGUUGAUCUCUUUCACAUUUGUCUGUCAGGAGAUAUGUAAAUCUGUGGUUUGACAACGGUGUUGUUAGUUCAUAUAAUUGUGUCAAAGUAUGCUGCUAUUGCUGAGCAAGGUGUUUUCUCUCUGGCUUUACUGUCUGAUGCAUGUAAUGCUAUGGGUUUAUUUUAAUAAAGUCUACUGUAGUCUG